UCCUCCUCCUCCUCCUCUUCCUUCUCCUCCUCCUCCUCCUCCUCCUCCUCCUCUUCCUUCUCCUCCUCCUCCUCUUGCUCCUCCUCCUCCUCCUCCUCCUCCUCCUCUUCCUCCUUCUCCUCCUCCUCCUCCUCUUCCUCUUCCUCCUCCUCUUCCUCCUCCUCCUCCUCUUCCUCCUUCUCCUCCUCCUCUUCCUCUUCCUUCUCCUCCUCCUCCUCCUCCUCUUCCUUCUCCUCCUCCUCCUCUUGCUCCUCCUCCUCCUCCUCCUCCUCCUCUUCCUCCUUCUCCUCCUCCUCCUCCUCUUCCUCCUCCUCCUCUUCCUCCUCCUCCUCCUCCUCUUCCUCCUUCUCCUCCUCCUCCUCUUCCUCCUCCUCCUCCUCCUCCUCCUCCUCUUUCUCCUCCUCCUCCUCCUCUUCCUCCUUCUCCUCCUCCUCCUCUUCCUCCUCCUCCUCCUCCUCCUCCUCCUCCUCCUCCUCUUCCUCCUCCUCCUCUUCCUCCUCCUCCUCUUCCUCCUCCUCCUCCUCCUCUUCCUCCUUCUCCUCCUCCUCUUCCUCCUCCUCCUCUUCCUCCUCCUCCUCCUCCUCUUCCUCCUUCUCCUCCUCCUCUUCCUCCUCCUCCUCCUCCUCUUGC